GCGAAGCUUUCCUUGCUCGCUUCCUUCCUUCCUUCCUUCCUUCCUUCCUUCCUUCUUUGAUCGCCGGUGCAAGCGUUCGAUCAUGGCGGCGGCGGUCGGUGGCGGCGGCGGUGGUGCUGCUGGUGCUGGUGCUGGUAGCGGGGCGGGUGCGGCGUCGAAGCUGAAGCUGUACAGCUACUGGAGGAGCUCCUGCUCCUUCCGCGUCCGCAUCGCCCUCAACUUGAAAGGGCUUGAGUACGAGUACGUACCUGUAAAUUUGGUGAAGGGGGAGCAAUUGAGUGCAGAGUUCUCAAAGCUUAAUCCAAUUAGUUAUGUGCCCGUGUUGGCUGAUGGGGACUUUGUGCUGGCAGACUCAUUUGCUAUCCUAAUGUAUCUAGAAGAGAGAUAUCCUCAGCACCACCCACUGUUGCCCGGUGAUUUGAAGAAAAGGGCAAUCAACUAUCAGGCUGCAAAUAUUGUUUCUUCAAGCAUACAACCUCUUCAGAAUCUCUAUGUUCUGAAAUUUCUUGAGGAAAAAGUUGGUCCCAGUGAGCCGCUUGCUUGGGUUCAAUUUCACAUUGGAAGAGGCUUUUCGGCACUUGAGAAGAUAUUAGCAGACCAUGCUGGAAAAUAUGCCACGGGAGACGAAGUUUGUCUGGCCGAUGUUUUCCUGGCACCCCAGAUUUAUGCGGCUGUCAAGAGGUUCAAUGUUGACAUGAGUCAAUAUCCUAUCUUGUCAAAGCUGCACGAGACAUACUGUGAGAUACCUGCUUUUCGAGAUGCCGUGCCAGAAAAUCAGCCAGAUGCUCCUCAACCGCAAGCUUAGCUGGACCAGUUGGUGGGACUGCAAAAUACUAGCUCGGCAGCUGCUUUAAGAAUGUGGUGAUUCCGAAGAAUAAUAUUGCCUGAGUUCACGGGGUAUAAUGUUUUUUUUUUUUUUUGAGUCAAGAUGCGGGGAAUUAUGUUGGAUGCCUAUAUUCAACCGCAAGAACAUUUCUUUGGCUGCUCUCAACUUUUCAUAUAUGCAACACCUGGCAUACUAAGAGAGUUUACUUUGGUC